AAAGUAAUUGUUACAAAAAUAUGACCGAUUAUAAUAUUACAUGUUUUAGUUUAGAGAAUAAUAUUUUUUGUGAAUUAUAUGACCACAAGGUCAGGAAAUACACAGAUUGUGUAUACCAGGAAAAUGAAAAUUUAUAUAAUAAUUUAAUGAAGAAAUCAUACCCUAAUAUUAAUAUAAAACGUCAAUUCAAAAUUACAAGGGAGUUACCCAAAAUUAACUUAGAUACAUAUUUAGAAGAUUUGAAAUGUUCAGAUAGUGGAAAAGUGUAUUGUAGUGAAUCAGAGAAGAUUAGUAAACAGCAAUUACAGCAAUUUGGAAAGUUGUUUAGUACAAAUCAGGAUAAACAAGCUAAUAUACAUAUUUUAUCAAGUAAAAUAGAUAAGCAAGUUGGAAAAACAUCGAGUAGUUAUACUGUAAAACAAGAACAUAUUGAAAAGAAGAGAGAUGUAUUAAAUUCAUUUAAAUCUGCAAGGGAGGAACUUGAUAUUCAACACUCUAAGGUGGGAUUUGGUGGAAGUACUAAUGUUUCAGAUGAGAACUUAGUUGGUGGGCAGAAAAGGAAACUUGGUAUGAGAAGAAGUGUAAGAGAUAGAUUUAUUUCUCCAUUACUGUCUAGAAGCAAUAGUAAUGAAGAGUUUGAUCAAAAGAAUGAAGAUGUUCCAGUAGUUCACGAAAAAUUAAAAAAUAUUGAUCCUAAGAUGGUUGAGCUUAUCAUGUCUGAAAUUAUGGAUCAAAGUCCUAAUAUAUCUUGGAAUGACAUUGCUGGAUUGGAAUUUGCAAAAACAGCAAUUAAGGAAGCAGUUGUUUGGCCUAUGCUAAGACCUGAUAUAUUUACUGGUUUGAGGAGACCACCUAAAGGCAUUUUAUUGUUUGGGCCACCGGGAACAGGCAAAACUUUGAUAGGCAAAUGUGUUGCCUCUCAAAGUAAAUCAACAUUUUUUAGUAUUAGUGCUUCCUCUUUAACAUCAAAAUGGAUAGGGGAUGGAGAGAAAAUGGUUAGAGCCUUGUUUGCUGUUGCUAGAGUUCAUCAACCCUCAGUUGUUUUUAUUGAUGAAGUAGAUUCCCUACUUACACAAAGAAAUGAAACUGAACAUGAGAGUUCAAGAAGGAUCAAAACUGAAUUUUUGGUCCAAUUAGAUGGUGCCAGCAUUGAUGCCGAUGAAAGGUUGUUGAUAAUUGGUGCCACAAAUAGGCCACAAGAAUUAGAUGAAGCUGCUAGAAGACGUUUCGUGAAAAGACUGUACAUACCUCUUCCAGAUUAUACGGCACGACAUGAACUCCUCUUAAAGUUAUUUUCAAAUGAAAAACAUUUAUUAAUUAAAGAGGAUUUUGAGAAAAUUGCUCAACUUUCUGAAGGUUACUCUGGGGCAGAUAUAAAAAACCUUUGUUCUGAAGCAUCUUUGGAGCCUAUAAGGUCUAUAGAUUUUAAUGAUAUACAAAAUAUUGAGGCUUCAGAAGUCAGAGCUUUAACAAUGUCUGAUUUUGAGAAAUCUCUCAAUAGAGUUAAACCUAGUGUCUCGCCAAAUGAUUUAUUACAAUAUGUUAAGUGGGAUCAAACUUAUGGAUCUGGAGGAAGUUAAAAAAUAUUUGAUUGUAUUUAGAAUAUAUUUUUUACAUUAUAUAAUUAAUAUUUAUUAAAUUAAAUUGAAAAAAAAAAUUCUUAGUACAUAUAAAUAUACAGGGUCGCUGAUAUGUAUGGAAACGGUCGAUUAUUGGGCAAAGUAUACGAGGUCCCGCAAAAAAUGAAAUACCAAAGUUAUAGGGUUUUUAAAUGCCUAACAUCUUGUAAUAAACUUAAGUGUACAGGAUCGGCCAUAAAAUCGUGGCACCUCAAAGAUUAAUUUUUUAAACGGAACCUCCUAUUUAUUAUUGGGUAUUUUAAUUCUUCGUUCAAUAAAUCCAACCGUUUCCGAGAUUUCCAGAUAUCGAUUUUUAGUUUUGAAAUGUUAAACGAAAAUUUUGUAAUUUCCAGACUUGAUAUAAUUUAAUUUUAUACAUCUAUAAAUGCUAACUUGAAAACUAAUAUCAAAUAUUACUAAGUAUCACAGUUUCCGCAGAAUGGCAUCGUUAAAUGAAACCGAACACAUCGAAAUUAAUUAAAUCAAAUUCAAAAGUCAAUAACUCGUAAAAGGUUGGUUUAAGGCACAUUGUGUGUAUUUCUGUUUUUGCUAAGAAUUGAAGGAAGAAUUGAAAUUUGUGAUAAUAUAGAGGGGGUUCCAUUUCAAAAAAAUGAAACUUUGAUGUGCAACGACUUUAUGACCGAC